AUGGCUCUCACCUUCUAUUCUCUUCUUGAAGCCGCUCUCCUCGUUCUCAACGGAAUCGCUGUGCUCAAUCGGGAUCGCUUUCUCAAGAAAGUCGGAUUUGGACAAACGACUCAAUCAUUUGACGAUCCGUCAGGCCAAUCGAUCAAGGAUAAGAUUUUCACGUUGAUUUUUGCUGUACAAACUGUUAUGCGAGUGCCCCUCAUUGGCAUCAACAUUGUUGUCAUUAUCUUCAAGUUAAUUCUUGGU